UGUUGCCAUAAAGAGAUGAUUCUCAGAUAGAGGAUAACCCAAUUCCCCGUGCGCUUUUCGCAUUCUAACGUGGUUUGGUUUUGGAGGCGACCUUAUUACGAAGCUAAAAUCUGCUCCUUAAAAGCCAAAGUCUGAAACAAACCGGUGUUCCUGUGUAAAUUACCUGACAAUCAAUCCGAUUUUCAAGGUAUUCUCUUCAAACGUUGAAGACUACGUACUGAGCGGUUUUGAAACGCGCCGUGGCGUCAUCGUCAAGUGACUUCCCGUCUCUUCAGCGCUCCUUGGGAAGUAUCCGGUGACGUCGUUGACGUCAGUGAGAGUAAGGAGCAGAGUUACCGGGUGGUUCUGUCAGACUCAGACCGUGCCCUGGAUCUCGGGUGACAGCAGACGGCACGAGCUCUGAAUUACGCGGCGCUGGGUAGGCUUGGAGUCCAUGUCAGGGAAAACGAACAUGCCUGAAUAUCCCCGCUGAUGCCAGCCAUGCCGCCCCGCAAGACAGACGCGCUGGUUCUACUGGUUUCCGCCUUGCUCAGCACAGGAAGUUGCGGACAAAUCCUGGAGGAGUCCACGUUUUCAGCGGCCCUACCGGAGGGCUACAACAGACACGAGCGGCCCACAAACGCUAACCGGACCCUCCCCUCGGACGCCAGCGAAUCGUCCCCAACCCUGCUUAAUGGCACCCUCCCCACCAACAACAGCGAACCGCCCCCAACUGUGGUGUGGCUGGACUUCGCCAUCCGGGAGGUGGAUGAGUUGGACGCAAAGAGCCAAACCUUGACGAUUCUGGUGGAUCUACAGUUGCGCUGGAUCGAUGACAGACUGAUGACGUCAGGGCCAGGGAAAAGUACCCGGAUCUUGCCGAAGAACCUGCUGUGGUCACCUGACCUCUACUUACUCAACACGAACGACGGGAAGGACUGGAGCGGCCGGUUGGAGGUGUGUAAUCACGUGCGUCUCCAUGGCAACGGCACGGUCGUCUGCAGGGGACAAACCAUUCUGAUUUCGGGGUGUCAGGUCGACGUCACCGCCUUCCCGUUUGACAGCCAGAGCUGCCCCCUACGUUUUGGAUCCUGGUUGUAUGGAUGGGAUGAACUUCGGUGGGAGAACUUGUCCUUCACCGCAGAAAUGCACAAGGAGGACGACUGGGAUCUUAUAGGCUUUCCUGUAAGAUCGGAGAGGAUGACUCACAUCGGGUGGAGAGAGCCCCACAGCGAACUGACCGUCUUUCUGCUGAUUCGACGGAAACCUUUCUUCAAGGUUGUUGAGCUGAUGCUGCCGUGCGUGCUGCUGCAGGUUCUCACGUUCCUCGGCAUGUUGCUGCCCUCCGCCAUCCCCGUCAGGGUGCAGUACAACGUCACCAUCUUCCUCGUGCUCAUCCUAUACCUGUACUCCGUGGAGUCGGAGCUCCCAGGAAACACCGCGACAGUGCCGCUGAUCGACAUCUGGUUCCACAACACUAUGGGUCUGGUGGGUUUCUCCAUCCUGUUUAUCGUGCUGGUGCUGAAGGUUCACCACAAGCCACUGAGCGACCCGGUACCUGCCGUGGUGCGCCGACUGCUGCUCCGCAAACCUGCUGCUGCUCCUCAGGAACAGGACGGGACGGGGGCUGCCACACACGCACAGGACAACGGAAGCCUGACCACGCCCAUCCCGCGGGUCAAGGUGUACCGCAGCCCCGUCCUCAUCAGGCGUGAUGCGCAUGCUCGAUCCCUCCAUGACGUCAGCGAGGAGCCGCCCUGUCCCGUGCACGUCACCACAGCCAAAGACGUGACCGGGACUGCCCAGUACUUUGAGAAGUUUGAUGAGCUGUCCGACAAGUUUAACGACAUCUUACAACAACUGGACCCCGGGCCGGAGGAGCCGGAGCCACCGGAAUGGACAACGGUUGCCAUGGUGAUGGACCGCAUAUUCGUCAUCCUCUGGUUGAUUGGUGCGCUGACGAGUGACGUCAUCAUCCUUGUGUUCUUCCGACAUGACAUCGAGGCCGAAGAAGAAAGAAAGGCCCUGGCCUUUCUGGACUGAGAAACUGUAUCUGUAUCUAAUAUAAUGUCCCUACUGUACAUGGUGACAGCGAGUUCCACUCUGCGAUAGUUCUAGGAAAGAAUGAGCUUUUUAGCACCUCUAUCCUUGGUACAACUCUGGUACUUAAAGGCAUAGCUAUUUUUUCUGAGCUGAUAUUAGGUACUUAUAAGUAGUGCGCCUAUAUCCGAUUAAUAUACAGUUCAAUAUACAGACAUCUAUAGCAAAAAAAAACGAAAUUAUCCACAAACAACGCGUAUUGAAAAGACACUAGUAACUGCCCUCAGUGCAAUAUUGUAGUAUAGAAUGUGAGCAUCUGUCGAGCAAUAAAGUUC